AUAAAAUAGAUUGUCUUGCAAAUAAUUGAGAAAACAAUAGAGUUUGAUCUGUACCACAUCUGUCUUUUCGUUGUGUUUUGGUCUUGUGGUCUGGUCUGAAUAGUGUGAGAAGAGAGAUGACUGGGGUUUUGGAAGGAGAUGAAAGUGUAACCCUCGACCUUCUCAAGAACAAAAUGGCUGACUUUGCAAAGGAAAGAGAUUGGGACCGCUUUCACAGCCCUAGAAACCUCCUCUUGGCUCUGGUGGGAGAAGUUGGGGAGCUGUCUGAAAUAUUUCAGUGGAAAGGAGAGGUACCAAAGGGACUCCCUGAUUGGAAAGAAGAAGAAAAGGUACAUCUUGGUGAAGAGCUUUCAGAUGUCUUGCUCUACCUUGUCAGACUCUCUGACAUUUGUGGUGUUGACCUUGGCAAAGCUGCUCUAAGGAAGGUUGAGCUUAAUGCCCUUAAAUACCCAGUUAGCCUCUCCACAGACUCUUCAAUCAAACAGCACAACAACAGCAAUGGCUCUGAGACUACUGUUUGAUUUGAUAUUCCAUGUUGUGUCAAAAUCAACACCACCCACCACCUCCAUGUUAACUUUAGCUAAUCAGUUCUGAUAUGUAUAUGUGAAUGCUUAUUUUAGGUCAUUGUCGGAUUUUAGAUGGUGGUUAAGGAUGCUGUCUCCAAAAUUUUCUAUUCCUAAGCGUUUGCUGUGCUUGGAUUAUAUUAGAAUUUAUAGAUAUAAUAAAAGUCUUGAAAUAUGAUCUAAUUAUUGAGGCCAA